CCUUUGGCGUGAAAGAAAUCGGGCGAACAAGCGACAAAAACCAGCUUGCAUCACGGCGACCGAUUGUCAGCAGCUUUCCAAUUUUCAUCAUCAUCAGUCUAUUCAGCGGUGCACAAUGAGCAUUUGUCACGCGAUCACCCUUCCCCUCUUCCUUGCGAGCACAGCUGUGAUUCGUUGUAUCAUGGCCGCUGGUACCUCUACUCGAUUCAUUACAGAUACUUUACCUAAAGAUCAUAACAGAGUUACAGUCCGUCAGAGUUCAAAUGGCACCUUAAUGCCUUCAGUGGCAAAUGGGUACAUCGGAACAGUGAUUUACAGCGAUGCGGUGCAUGUAUCAGGAGUAUACAACGGCAAGGCUUAUCCAAAGAAGAAACCUAUUUAUCCUGUGUAUUUCUACCAACACGCUCACCGCGCUCGCAUACCUUCUACUGCUUCCAUUGACUUCAGCUUAUCUGGUAUCCAGGGGAAAACCUCUUACGCACUGGAUGUACUUGAGGGAGUGUUUUACAAAUGGUUCAGCGCUGACAGCUUAAAUGUUGAACAGAGGAUAUACGCGCAUCGAUCCCGCAAAAAUUUGUUAGUCGUGGAAAUAAGUGCGAAGAAUAACGCUGCUAAAGAGUUAUUAAUGAGCAUUUCUUCUAAUUUUGGAGAUUCUUCUCUGGAUGUUGAGUUCAAGACGAUCGACUCAAACAGACCUGAGGCUUUGGCGGCCAUUGGCAUGGUAUAAACUUUUCACAUAUUUCCCUCCUACUGGGUCGACUGUAGAGUGUGGCGAUCUGCUGUCACGCUGAACCUGCGUUUAGGCGUUACAAAUGUAAUUCUCAGUUGCAUCCAGUUUGACGGCUCGUUCUUUGUUUCCCCCUCCUGUGUUUUUAAAAAGUGUCAUAGGCAAGCUGACGUUAUUAUACCGGUCUAGUUAAUAACUCAAAUAGGUUUUCAUCUGUUCAAUAUUGCGCCACAUUGCAGUCUUUUUAAGACUUGCGCCGCCCCAACUUUCGCAGUCAUGGCAGAUUGGCAUACCCACUACGUACUCCUUAGCGUACCCACCCGCUUUUUGGCCUAAUGCACACACGCACGUGCGUUCGGCAUUUAUAAGUUGGUGAUUUAGACGUUUUUUUUAUAUAUAUAUAUUUCCCUGCCUUCUGGCCAGGUUAACGAAACAGAAGAGGCGGGUAGUAUACGAGCAAACAUAGCAACCGUUUGGACUAAACUGCAGAAAACACUGACCGUAAAGGCGACCUCUGAAGAACAGACUUGGUACUUUAUCACAUCCAUAGCAACCAGCCUCGACACCAAGUUCAACCCACUGGCUGAAGCUCUCUACCAAUGGGACGCGGCAAUGCUGUAAGUUACACUUUCAAGUGUCUCCUCUCUGGCUGUCAAUACAUUUAAGGGUCUCUUACGGGAGACUAAACAAAAAUUGAUUCAAAUCUGCUCUUUCAUUGUUUUCAGAGACAAGGAACAAUUAUUUGAAGAACAUAAGGCGGCUUGGAAGGCAUUAUGGGAGACUGGCCGCAUAGAAAUUGAAGGUGACUUGGAAAUGUCACAGGCGGUGUAUGGUAGUAUGUACUACAUUCUAAGCUCCACUCGGAGUGAUUGGCCGUACGGGUUAAGUCCCGGAGGUCUACCGGGGGGAGAAGAAUACAUGGGACAUACAUUCUGGGACCAGGAUAUUUGGAUGUAUCCUCCUCUGGUCCUGUUACAUCCGGACUUGGCCAGAAGUGCCUUGAAAUAUCGCAAGGACCGGCUACCGGCUGCGCGCAGAAUAGCGAAAGAGUACGGAUAUAAAGGUAACUGAACACAAGAUCAUUCAAGGAGCAUUUUCGUUACCUACAGUGAGAUAAAUAGUGUGGAUCAAUCCCCUUCUGUAUCACAGAGUCGUGUUUACACAGUAAUUUUUAAGGAGUUAUUUUAACUCCAAAAAUGGAGUAAAAAUUUUAGGUACAGGAUAACUCCAUUUUUGGGGUUACUUUAACUCCUAUUUUAACUGCAAAUCUGGGGUUAUUUUUACUCCUUUAAAAGAGUUAUUUUGACUCACAGUCUGGAGUUAGAAUAACUCUAAAAAUGGAGUUAUUUUUACUCCUUACAUGAGUUGGUUUUAUUCUUUUUGGAGUUACUUUAACUCCUAUUUUAACUCCAAAUCUGGCGUAAAUUUUACUCUCAAAAGAGUUAUUUUUACUCCCAGUCAUGGAGUUAAAGAAACUCUAAAAUGGGAUUAAUUUAACUCCUUACAUGAGUUGUUUUAACUCUUUUUGGAGUUACUUUAACUCUAAAAGUGGAGUAAAAAUUUUAGGUACAGGAUAACUCCAUUUUUGGGGUUAUUUUAACUCCUAAAUUUUAACUCUAAAUCUGGGGUUACUUUAACUCUAUUAGAAGAGUAAUUUUAACUCUAUAAAACAAGGAGUAAUUUUAACUCUAUCCAUUUUUACUCCAAAUAUGGCGUUACUUUAACUCUAUAAAUAGAGUAAUUUAUUAGAUGAGGAGUAAUUGUAACCCCAUCAGUUUUUACUCCAAGUCUGGGGUUAAGUUUACUCUCCUCAUUCGAAGUUCAAAUAACUCCUCGAUAAAAUGUCCUUUAACUCUCCAUUUAGGUUUCUUUGAUUUUUUGGGACAAUUUUUAUGCAUUUGUUCUCAAUGACAGGACUAGUGGUAAUCCUGACUUCCAAAUAAAAACGAUUCCUGCAAGAUAUAUAGGAGCAAAGAAAAAUAAAUGUUGAGAGCUUUAUACUACAGUAAUAAACAAAUCACUUUGUUAAGAAAAAGCACAAACAAUGAGCUAUUUUAUUGACUAAAUAUCGUGAAGGUACAUGUACAUAAGAUUUGUUCCAAGACAAAAAAAAUAUAAAUAUUAUUUUCCUUUCUAACAAACAAAUAUAUUAUAAAAUUGGAAUGUUGUUAUGCAACAAAGCUUGAAAUCAACAGUAUUACAAUAUAUUAUUAUCUACAUUUAAAAAAAUUUUAUCAUCUCUUAACGCACCUAGUGUCAUUCAUUCAAAGUUUGAAAAUGCAGAUCAGACCAUUCUCUCACACUGGAUCAAAAUGAAACCUCAACUCUGGUAAUGAUUAAGCAGAGACUAGAACAACAUCUAAAAUUUACGCCCUUGUAAAAGUUAUAUCCACAUUGAACAAUUACAUCGUAGAACCUUUUCAACAAGGACUUGAACUUUGCAAAGAACCAAACUAGUUAUGAUGCAUGCAUGUAUAACGAUGAAUAUGAAUCUUUUACAAUGUUUGCCUUGGAUCUUGAAAGGGGAAUGUUUUGUUCUCAUUUAAAAAAAAAAACAAAUUUCGAUUUGUUAUCAUUUGCAAUGUUCAAGGACAGCAAUGAUUAUCUUAACCUAAAGUACAAAUAAAAAAAAACAGCUCUAAAAAAAAAGGAAAAACAGAGCCAUCGCAACCAUAAUAAACCACAAUCACAACAUUUUAUAAAUUAAGACUAGAAAUAAAUUUGUUUAGGGCUACUCUCUUUUUUGCCUCAGUUGGCAUGUCAAGAAGAGUGGCCUCACAAAAUAAAAAUACAUUGCCAGAUUUGGCUGGAUAAGCAAUGUUAAAGACAUAGUAGCAUGCAAGCAAUAAACUGAUGGCAUUAGCCAUAGAGGUGGAACCUAAUGUAAGGAUCGUUUCACCCUCUAUGGCUAUAACAAGGGGAUCCAGGCACCAAAAAUCUCCUUUGCCAACAAUUCUUGGGAACCUGGUUUCCUCGAUUGCCUGGUCGAUGCUCUCUUCUUCCUUUGAAAAGGAAAAAAUACAGAAAAUUAACUGGAUGAGUUAGCAUUCAAUUCCAGGACUUCCCGGAAUACAGUCCACUCCUGAUAACUUGAACCCUUGCUGACUCAAACCUAAACUGAUUUCCCCCCUGGAUUUUCUGAUUGUACCGUACCUGCAUUUACUGCAUGAAUUUUACCCUCAGUAACUUAAACCCUUGAUAACUUAAGUAUUUUUGUAUCUGAAAACGUGCAAAAUGUAUCUGAAAACCUGCAAAAACAAGAAAAAUUACCUACCAUGCAAAUUUUCACAGUAGUGUGUGGGCUUCCACCUUUUUCCUUGAGGAAGCGGCAAUAAAGCCACUGCAGCAGCCUCUUCAAUGACUAAAAUACAAAAAUGAAAAAAAAAGUAGUUAUACACAUGUACCAUGGAAGCUCUCCUAACAAAUCAAAUCAAGUGAGCUCAGGUGUAACAGGUGUAACAGGCAGACGAGCACAAUGUAUUUUUGUAAGUGACUAGCGACAGUUACGGACAGAGUUUUUGUGUCCUGAGGGUGUCUGGUUACAAGCUUCCACUAUACUGUCAAUGUAAAACACUAACCCCCAAUCCAUGAAACAUACAUUGUACCAUGCUAUACAGUCGACUCUCUCUUAACAGACACCUCUAUAAGACAGACACCUCUGUAAAAUGGACACCUAGAGUUGGUCCCUGCCUUUCUUUACUCCCCUUAAUUGACUCUCUAUAAGAUGGACACCUCUGUAAGAUGGACACUUAGUGCUGGUCCCAAAGGUGUCUGUCUUAGAGAGAGUUGACUGUACCACCAAACAUUCGUGGGUGAAUCAGUUGUCAGGUCAAUGUCUCUAAAUGGAACCUAGUUCACUCAAUAAUCCAUGAGAAGACACAAAGGGCUUGCACUGUAAGUAUCCAGGAGAGCUCCAUACAAUUUCUUAUAAUUUUGUUAUAAGGAAUUGUAUGGAGCUUUCGAGGAGACUUUUCUUAAUUAGCUUAGGCGUGGUGGAUUUUGUAACGUAUGAUCCGCGCGAGGUGUUUUUCCCGACACCCUUCUGUCAGGAAAAUGUCAUCAUAUGAAAGCAAAACAGACACGAUCUCGUCGGCAGGCCGAAGCCGGCAAAAAUAAAAGGCUUUUCUUCUUCGAUUUCAGAGGUCAGUUUUGUCUCGAUCUGGUCAAAAAUCGGGUUUUUAGGUUGUAGGUAAUAAAAUAUUGUCUUAUUCUGUUCUCAAGGACCUUUAGAAAACGAGACAAACGAGGUAAUUGUCUAGAGAAAGAAGCGCGAAAACGCUUUUUUAGAAGAAAAUAUUUUUUAAUUCCCGCAGCGAUUUUGCGAAAUCGGGAAGCGCAAUAUAUUCAGUUUCUUCCAAAGCCGUCAUGAUUAAGCAGUGUAAUGCCAUCACAACUAAAAAUGAAUAUAGUUUGUAUCGCAAAAGCCGCGAAAAUAGAGCUGAAAAAAACAGUGGAUCGGAAAAAUUAAUAACAUCACCAAGAAACCGUCUCGCGGGAGCUUUGUUAAACAAACCGUUGGUACGGUUUAUUUAACCGAACCUGGAAAAGGAGACGUCUGCACACAGAAUACAUUUCAUCCUACAUGUAGUUGUGAUUUCCAGAACGGACCUCGGGAGCCUCAUUGCUGUAAUAUCUUCUACAGUACAGAAACCACAGCAGAAUCGCCCUGCUUGCGUGCUAACUUUCUGCUCCAAUUAUGACUAUACAGUACCAGUGAAUUGUUUCAAAAUUUAAAGCGGCCGAAACUUAUUUCCAUCAGCGAGUAGUUAGUUAGUUAAGCAAUAAUAAUGCACAGCACUGUAAAUAACACGGUUCUAGAAUAUCUGACGGCUUCGCGUUUUGUUCGUCGCUGCAUGCGAUUUAAUCGCUUAUAACCUAACAGAAAAUGUAAAUGUACCUGAAGGAAAUACCGUGUAUUACCUUACCUUAACGCUGUGAUGUGUGUAAAUUUGUCUUUUGCUAUGGUUUUAGACAAUACGACUUCUCCUGACUAUCAAUUGUGCGUCAAAACAAGCGCGAUAAUGAAAUAGUCGCGGUGCCAUGGUGUAGCACUUUAUGAUAAAGUUUUAACUGGAAAACUUGUUACCAUCUGAUGUACACCUGUAUAGUCUAUGUUUGUAAGCUCUGCCUAAAGAAUCACUGGGUUACACUGCACCCAUGGGUGUGCCACCUAAAGUGCAGCCUAUGUUUGUUAGCUCUGCCUAAAGAAUCACUGGGUUACACUGCACCCAUGGGUGUGCCACCUAAAGUGCAGCCUAUGUUUGUUAGCUCUACCUAAAGAAUCACUGGGUUACACUGCACCCAUGGGUGUGCCACCUAAAGUGCAGCCUAUGUUUGUUAGCUCUACCUAAAGAAUCACUGGGUUACACUGCACCCAUGGGUGUGCCACCUAAAGUGCAGCCUAUGUUCGUUAGCUCUACCUAAAGAAUCACUGUCUUACACUGUAUUCACGGACGUUUGCCUCACGCUCUCUUCAAAGACAAAAAAGCUAUAGUCUGUUUGGCCAAAAAUCAAGCUUUGUUUCCCCUAAAAAUUUGACACCAUAUUAGGGCCCCGAAAGACGUUAAAAGUUCCUCCAUAACAGAAGAGUGUUUUACUAGAGUUAACAAACGUUUGGCUUACAUGAGUUUCAAUAUAAGGGUGCAAAAACUUAUCAGCAUAAUUAUAGCACACAAACAUUGUCAUCAAACUCCUGGCAUGUAGCCUGAAUAACUCAAGCAAAUAUGAAUAAAGCAUGUAACGAGAAAUAUUCGUCAAAUGGUCUCGUUAAGUAAAUUAUACUUCACUUUGCGAAAGAAAUUUAUCGUUUGUAUCCGUUUUACGCAUCGAAAAAGCGAGGAGUCAUCGCAUGACAUUAGGUAACAGAAAUAAUACUCACGAGUUUCACGAAUUCCAAUUCCACGAUUUUUCGCCGAGUAACAAAUUUAAAACUUCAAUUCUUACCUUACAGUGGUCGUUUCAUUUACCUUACAUUUGCCAACACUAAUAAACAUGAACAAAACGAUGAAAUCCGGCACUCUUCUUUCAGAAGUAGCAAGCCGCAUGAAGUAAAAUCCACCGAUAUGCGCUGGACUCUCACUACAAAUAUAAACAUUUGUCGUGAAGAAAAUACGACGAGGAGGAAAAAAUGCCAGAUCUUCGCCUCGGCAAUGUAUUCCAGCUACCAAGCCGGCGUAUCUCCAGAAGGUGGACUCGAAGUGGGACAAACCUUGUGAUUUUUUUAGGAGCCCUUUGCGCGCAAACUAAUUUAUUCUGGCGCGAAAUGAAGAUUAAGAAAAUGUAUCUGAAAUCUAAUACACGACAAGAAAAUUUUCGCACUUUCGAGGAGCGCGACAUAUUAAACGGGAUUACGUCGGAUUAGCUGCCCGCGGAGAAAACGUCCCUGCGUGGGAUGGUACUUCCAGUAAAAAGCCUCUGUGUCCUCUCAUGUCAGUGACAGUACAUUUUAGGGUAGUCCAUGAAGUGGGGGGUCAUUAUCAACAGAAUAUUUUUUUUUUUUGGCGAGAGGGGAGUGGGUGGCGGGGAGAGAAGGAACAAGCCAAUCACUAUCAGUUGUACGAAAUCAAACAGUAUUAUUUGUAGGCCAUAACAUAUGGUGCUGGCUGUUGAUCCAUGAUAGACCAACUGUUUACUGUAGAUAAUUAUACAAACUGUAAGUAAACAUAAUAAUCAUACCAUCUGUUUUUGAAGGGUUAUCGGAAAUGCCAUCAUUCAUCAAAUCCAGGAUGUCUCUGGAUCCAUGCUGACUGCGAGCAAAUCUCAAAAUUUUAUCCACCCAGUUCUGCUGAAAUUUUUCGGCCAUUUCUUUUACUGGGUUCCCUUGUCCCAAAAUGCGGGCAAACUCAGCCUUUAUCUAGGACAUUACAACAAGAAUAAGCAUGUUACUUUGAUUGGUUGCAUCUUCUGAUGAGUAGUGUAUACAGUGUAAUUAUGAGAUAGCUUUACAUUUUUUCACUAUUACCAGCAUGCAAAGAAAGUCAUGUCCGAUAGGCCCAGGCUAGUGGAUUUUGCUAUUGCGCUAGUGAUUUUUGUUCUUAACUUGCCAGACAGGCAAGUGUUGUUUUUUGGGGAAAUUCAAAUGACAGAAGGCUUGUAAUCAAUCCUGCUAAUCAAAAAGGUUUUUGUGGCUAGUUGAAAUGACCUGUGGGCUAGUACAUGCUAACUACAGCUUGCCCAAAUGGCAGGCUGUAAAACUGACUUUCUUUGCACCCUACUAUUACACAUUGUUCUUUAAACAGAAAACAAUGUUCAGUUGACUCCCAGUAACACAAACCUUAUUUUUCCUAAAAAAUUGAAUAAAAAUUAGACUUAUUGGAAGUUUGAAGCAAAUAGGUGGUAAUAAGGAAAUUGGGCUCAAGGGAAUGUACUUUACAGCAACCAAACUUUAUUAAUAUACAGGGAUGGACAUUACAUUUGAUUCUUAUCUCUGCAAUACCAUCAACAAAUGAGACUCAGCUCACUCUGACUCUGAAGAUUAUGAUGAGUAUGGAAUACUAACAUUAAUCUAAUAAAAACUACAGUGUAUCAUCAUUAUCAACUUACCCCAGAUGGUGACUUCAAAGCUGGAUAAUCCGCCACUAACUGGCUGACAGGGAUUACUUCUUUUGUUAGCAUUUCUCUUCUAUAUGCGAAGGUUACCCCCAUUAGCUCUCUCACCAAUGCAAGGUUCCUGUUAGAUGAACGAGCCAUCUCUUUUUUCAUUAUCGACUUGUGCUCUUCGCAUGUUUCUUUUGUUUCCCCUUCCGGCAUACAGGGGAUUUCGUCAAUUUUUCUUUUUUUAACAACAGGUAAGUCAUCUUUCUCCUCAGCUUUCUUCUCUACUCCCUCUCUUUUAAUGCCAGUUUUUCUCAGAUUUUUGAACCUGUUCUUAAAGGCUGUUUCCCAAGAACCCUAGGGCAAAACAAAAACGUUUUUAUUAACAAAACAAUCUUGAAACAGAACUGCACCUGCAAACCCAUUGAGAACAAGGCAGACUUCCCUACAAUGACAAAAGAAAGGGUUGAGAACUACCACUAAAACAUUUGGAGGUAAACAGGAGAUUUAGAGGCUACCUGUAAAUGCCCUGAUACCCCAGAUUAAAGAUGCAGCUGGAGUGUACUUCCUUGUUUGUAAACCUGAUAAUACACGACUGCGAGUUUUUAUGAAUGGCUUCAAAAUCUCUGAUAUACAGGUAGUUCAACUCAUUCUCGCACUAAUAUUUAGAUUUUGAAUUUGAUUUGAUUUUUUUUUUGAAUAAACAACACUUCUAGCAAAAAACAAUUCAACAAUAGCGUAACCAUGAAUUAAUUUAGCUUAUAUGAACAUUGCAAGUGGACACCAAUGCUGAAACAACUUGCCACGUGCUGCAAUUCCAGUCUUAAAUAGUUUUUAAGAUCAGGUUGUUUGCAUGGUCAGUCAGUUGAUCAGUAUAAUUAUUUAAUGCAAGCUAUUACAAGUCACUAUUCAACUUACAAUUCCAGAUCCAAUAGCAUCUUCAAGGAAAGGGAAUUUUUUGAUAAGGAGACAGGCCACAUGUUCCCUCUCAGCUUUAGUAGGGUACAAUGUGUGAACCCUUAUGCUACUGCAGAUGUCCCUUGUAAGUUCAUUUCUGCGGGCACCUACCACUUUCUUCUCAGCAAGUGCCUUUGUGACUGCAGGUGAAAACUGGGGGUAAAAGUAAAAUGAUUGUAUUUGGGUUAUGUCCCACUAGUCAACCUAAGAGGAUCUACAGGUAUCAAAAUAAGAAAGGAGCCCCUUGUGCCCUUGGAAGGGAAAUCCCUUAGAGAGUGACUAAGAUAAACAGCCGUGAUAUUUUCUUAUAUUUACUCAGUAUGACGGCCUUAAAUUAUUCUCCUUGUACAGCAUAUCCUUGUCAACAGUCACUAAUGGCCAAAAAUGGUGGCAAACGUUGAGUUUUACCGUAAUGAGUUAGAAUUAUUUGAUUUCAACUACAGUGUACAGGUUAUCUUGGAAAAUGCAGAUUUUCCAUAGUUAUAAAGAAAAUUUUUGUUUCAUUCAAAGAAGGAUUUAAAUUACUGAAAAUAAAAAAUAAAAAUCAUAUAUAUUUUUUUACAGUCUUGAUUUAAUUUUGCCUUUAAAGUAUUAAGUCCUCUUCUGUCUAACAUACAGUCCAAAUGAGUACAAGAGCACAGUAGACUUUCACGUUCAGUUUCAUUACAAAACAUAUAACUUACACUUAACGGAAGAUGGUAAUUUACGAUCCAAGAAGUGCCACUUGUGCUGCUGCCGGGUGUUGUCGAGGUUAACAGAUCAAAAUGACUAAAGGCAGGCUUCUUGUUGUGAGUGGGUGUGGAUGUGGCAGGAGAUGAUUUAUAUGAAGAGCAAGUUGCGGAUGAUGAACUUGAAGUUUCAGGAGAUGGAGAUGAUAAUGGAGAGGACAGCUGACUUGAAGUUGAAGUGCAACUUAGAGGGGACUCUGGUAGCUGUCCUGAUUUAUCCAGAACUUCCUUUAAAAAAUGCAUAUAUAGAUUCAUAAUUUUUGUUUAGAAAUCAGAGGCUUUCUGUUUGUCAGAAAUGGCCAGUCAGACCUUUCCCACACAGAAAGGGAUGAUUUUCAGUAAAUCAGUCUUGUUGCAAAAGGUGCCUGGUCUACCUGGAUUUUUUUGAGUUUUGGAAAAUGCACUUAAGUAGAUAAGUCCCUUGGGUGUCAAUAAAAAGCAGAGUUGGGACCAGGGUUGGGGUUUAUCUUUUUUUUUAAAUACUGUUUAACUACUGUUAAAAUACUGUUUAGGUUUGAGGUUAGGUUGGGUAUACGGUACGGGUCAGCCCUAACCCUCAAAAAAGCAUUUUUCUUUUAAACAAAGAUAGACUCCAACCCCACAUUUUACUAACACCCAAGCCCCCUUAAAGAACCUUAGAACCUUAUUCGUACCAAAGGGCAACAGAACUUACCUUAGCUUUUUCUUCUAAAAACUUUGAAAUGGCAACUUUGAUUUUCAAAACUUGUCCGCCACUUAUUCCACACUGCUUGAGAAGCUCUUCACUGGCAGAAUUUAAGUCAUCUUCUGUAUCAAGCUAGAGGAAAUGAUUACACAUAUUAUUGCAUAGAUUGGGCAUUGAUUGUCAUCUUCAAUUUACCCCAACAUACACCAAUUGUCAGUGGGACCAGGAAAUGUAUCUCAGGAAUGUUUAUUGUGUCAUGACAAUUAACCCCGCAGCAAAGAUCAGGGCGCGAGAACUGGCGGUUUAGUUUUCCCACGCCUGAUUAACUUUUCUCUUGGAGACAAUAACGGUCCAGAAAUAUUCCUGGUGUUCAAGGUUUUCCCGGUAUGACUGCAAAAGCUACUUUUUUUCGUGAACUAAACUUUUCCAUCGUCAUUUUAAGCAGUAGUUAGGACUGGUUUCGUUAAAACGUAAAUUGUAUAAUUAAGUUUAAGCUUAAAAUGUUUUGCUUAUUUUGACUGUUUUGAAGGCCGGUUCACUCGAGUCUUGGCCGCUCUUCGGUGGCAUACAGUUUUUAAAAACACAAUGCUUAAACGUGCUUCCUUGCUCUGAUUGCUUUACAAAAUGUUGGUUCAAGUUGAAAAUUCUGGAUUUAUCCACGGCUCAGGAGCAGUAAAAUGUGAGCCAACUUUUUUGGCGCGGGAAACCCACCUCUUCUAUAACAAGACGCUCGACUGUUGAUUCCUUCACUCCGGAUCUAAGCAUGAAAAUCUUUAGUUCUUCUUCCAUUUUACAAUAAGCUUGUAACCCUUGAAAUAAAUUAAAAACACUGUAUUUGAGAACAGAAAAUCAAGCCAAGACGGACGGCUUUACUUCAACGGAAUCCAUGCACGAACAAUCAACAUGUCGUUCACGGUUUUAUAAGAUCAAAAGAUAUAGCAUAGAUCACAUUUAAAAAAGGAAACAAAUAAACAUUUAAGAAUAGGAAGAAUUAUGUACUAACCUUCGAAAGAAUUUACUUGACGUGGACUUGAAAAUAAGAAAACAGUCGAAUGUAAAACGUACUCGCAGUUGUGCAACGAUCGAUGAGCUCUAACCGUUUUAAGAAAACCGCGCAAAUGAUGAUCACAUGUCCUUUCAUGUGCAUGUGAUGUGUUGUAAUUUCCGGCGGUAAUCUAAUCGGACAGUAAACAGUGAUUUGAACAUCAAAGCGGGAUCCCAACUUCAGUUCUUUUCUUGUCACCGCCAAACGUUAAAAUACACGUUCAAUUAGUUUGGCUUUAAGCUAAUUUUACACUAUGAUGAAGGAAAUAUAGUCUGGGAAGGUGGCGACUGAUUGUGGAACAGUAGUCCCGCUCUCGUUUCUAUUGUAGUUUGCUUCAAACGAACCUUCAUCUCCGUCAUGAUGAUAUCUGUUUACAAACACACGGCAUGGAAUCGACAUAAAACAUACGCUGUCCAUGACGUGACGUCAUUUCGUGGGAACCAAGUUCCCGGGCGCGGGAAAUUUCUAUUAUUCGAGUCAUAUAUUCGUCACAAAAUGGCUUAUCGUUGCAACGUCUGUGUCAGUUUUAUUGCUCUUACUCUGUCUCUAUUUCUUAAUCAUCUACAUCGAUACCAUUUAAGCGAUCCAAGCUUCCACGUUCUUUGUGGAAUUAAUGGCUGUGCGAAAACCUACAAGAAAUGCAUAUCUUACAGAAAUCACAUCAUUAGAAAGCACUCAGAUGUAUUGAAAGCUGAGAGAGAAUGUGCUAAUCAAACUAUCAUGGAUGACACAGAUUACGGUACAGAUUGUUGUCCAAGUGAAGAUCUUAUAGACAAUUCGACAGAUAUUGAUGGAAACGACGGUGAAACACACAUGUACGACUUAACUUCUCUGCCUCAGUUUGACUUUCAACGAGAGACUGAAGAAAUCCGUCGUACUGGUGCUCUGCAUUUGUUACGAAUGAAAUACCAAGAUCGAGCAUCGCAAAAAGCCGUCGACUCAUUUGUUGAAAGUACUACCAGCAUCGUAAGGACGAGCAUGGAGAUUCUUAAAGCAGGUCUGAUGAACAGAUUGGACACAGCCGGCAUUGAUUUCAACGCCGUUCCUGGACUCCCAGGACUCUUCAAAGAAGAUAGCCUGGCUAUGAAUCCUUUUUCCGGUAUAAGGAAGGAAAACGAGCAGCACAAGUACUAUAAGGAUAACCUGGGCCUUCUGGUAGGCUUUACUUCAGAAUGUUGAAAAAUAUGUAGCUUUUCCAUCUUAACCACAGGGCACCCAACGAGGAUAUAGUUCAAAACCACUUAACAUAGCAUUGUUGAACGUAUUUUAGUAUUUAAACGGUAGAUAUAGGCAUAUUUUUAUCCCCUAAAAAGUUUUCAUCUGUUCGGAUUUCCUAGCUGAAAGUCUAUUGAUCCGAAAAUUAUAGGGAUCAAAACUUACCUUUUCGAAAAUUUCAGCCAGGAAAAGGUUCCUGAAGGUGGCCUUUUUUAGGGUAAAUAUCCGUUUAAAAUGGGUAAUUAUACCAUUUUGUAGAUGUUCGAAAAUCCUAGGAGAGGCAGGCAAGCAAGAAAUUUUGCAACAAAUGUUCCGAAAAUUCUAGUUCUCAAAUCGUCUUCCGAACAGAUAUUUUCCCGAAAAUUGCCGUUGGGUGCCCCUGUUAACCCCACAGAAAAAAAAAGAAGAAAGAAAGAAAAACAGACAGAUUAAUCUAUUAAACAAUUAUUGAAUGAGGCUGAGUAACAUAUGAAGAAUUAAGGAGAUCAAGGAGGGUGUUAUCUGCCAAGGCAAUAGCUUUAGCAUUUACAUUUUUUAUCACACAGGAGCCAAGAAAACUUGUACUGGGGCAGUACCACAAAAAGGUGCGCAGAGGGAACAAAAUAAAAGAUAUGUUAAAAACAGAUGAUGCUUACUACAUCCCACUGUUGGAAAGCUUGGAACAACUGCUAAAUGAUGAUUCAAUACUAGAAGAGGUACACACCUUUAUAAGACACUCACUAUACUAUAAUAAAGACAGUUAAGAGUUGUCACUGUCUGAAAAUACAAUUUUUAUUUGCUGAUGAUUAGUAUAUGGAAAAGAUUUUGUCAUUACCCUUUUAGAGAGAGCUUGUGUUUAUUAUAGUAGCAACAACAAUGCAUUACUUAUUUUACAUGUGACUUACUUGUCUUAUAGAGAUGGUUAAAAAAUUAACAACUGGUUUUUAAAUGGAAUUUUUAGAUAGACAAUCCUCACCAAAGAGCCGAUGGUCUUCUUAGUGAUUUUUGCGAUGGAGACACAUUUGCCAGACAUCCACUCUUUUCCUCCGACCCCAAAGCCUUGCAGUUGAUUUUGUACUUUGAUGAAUUUGAAGUGUGCAAUCCACUUGGAUCAAGGGCCAAUAAGCACAAAAUUGGUUUGUUUUUAUCAUGUUUUGCUUAUUAUCAUGAUCACACUACUCAAUCAGUCAAAUAAUGAUUUUUGUUGCAAAUUGUUGAGAUUUACCUUAUAUAUAGCAGCAUUACCUGCAUGUGUAACCCAAGUGUUUUCUUUUAGGUAGAGCUAACAAACCUAGGCUGUAUCUAGGAAUAAUUUUAUGGAUCCCUUAUUUCAUCUCAUGUAGCUAGGUCUAACAAUAUUUUGAUCUUGUCUCCCAAAUGCAAUUUAUUAGGAGGCUUUUACUACACAUUAGGAAACAUACGGCCAGAAAAUAGGUCUCAUAUGAAUGCAAUUCAACUACUUGGCCUCGUUACCUCCAAGCACCUAAAAAAAUAUGGAGUGGAAACUCUACUGAAUGCAUUUAUGGAGGAUUUAGCUAAACUAGAGCAGGUAAGUUUGAUAAUUAUAGAAAGAAAAGAUACUUAAUUAUUUAACGGAUGCUGUUCUCCCACAUUACAAGAGUGAUAAUAAUAAUAAAGUACAUGUAUUUCAUUAUCAUUGUUGGUUCCUCUGUCAUUGAUAGUGGUUGGCAAGGAUUGUGAUUUUAAAAACAAAUAUUGUUUUUGUACAUGUGUAGGAUGCAGGUCACCAGUUUCUAAUUGAUGGAGUGCCCAGGUCAUUUCAAGGGACAAUUGCUUUUUUCUGUGGGGAUAACCUUGGGUCUCAGUUUGUAGGUGGAUUUAAGGAAGGAUCACAGGCACAUAGACCUUGUAGGGAGUGUAUGGGUAACAAGGACCAGAUCAAGAGUCAUGUAAGUUAGACACUUUUUGCUGUUGUUGUUGCAAAGUCUAAAGCUUAAACCUAGAUCACAUGAAAUAUGUCCUUGUAACUUUUUUUAAAUGACCAAAGUGUAGGAAAGGGGGGGGGCUAAAGCUGGUCAUUGGAACUUUUGGGGCUAUGCUUUAAGAACAUUUGAAUAUAUAUUUGAACUUUAUACUAACCUAAUGAAUUUCUUCAAGAGGAGUGGGGGUUGAUUUAUUAUGGUCCAUUCUGAUGCACUGGUUUAAUACCACACAAAAAAGGUGUGGUCCAGCUAAUGUUACAGCAAUCAAUUGUCAGCAGUUCUUGGGAGUCUGUUGUGGCUACAUGUAGAACAACCAGGUCUUUAAAGGUCCUCUUACAUUUUUGGUCUUGUCAUAAUAUUUUUUGUUACUUGCAGUUUCAUGAAAGGGAUUUUACUUUAAGAACCCGUGACAGUCACAACAUGCAGUGUAACCGGCUUGCUGAUAACCCACACUAUUCAAAGACAUAUGGUAUUAAUUCAAAUUCAGUGCUGAACAAGUCCAGGUUUUAUCAUGUGGUGGGAGGUAUGCCGCCAGAUGCCAUGCAUGACAUAUUGGAGGGAGUCCUUCAUUACAGUGUCAAAGAAACAUUAAAAACACUGAUUUUGGAUAAGAACUACAUCACACUUGAUGAGCUCAACAAAAGGAUCACUUCAUUUGACUAUGGUUACCACAAUGACUCUAACAAGCCAGCAGAAAUACAGAGAAGUCGCCUUUUGUCAGACGACCACUCUCUAAAACAACAUGGUAAAUAAAUAUAUAUCGCGUUAAGAGAUAGUAUCUAGGUAACAGAUGGAUUGUGUCUUAGUUACGUUACUCUAGCGAGUUCAUGCCCCACAGAAACAGAUAUGUACUUCAGAACUCUAGAGUAAGGUAACUAAGACACAAUCCAUCUGUUACCUAGAUACUAUCUCUUAACACAUAUAUUUACUGCCAGCUUUUAAUUUUAAUGGUCAAUCAUUGAAGUUGCCUGAUGAGUGUGGUCCUACAAUUAUUUCGGACCAUAUGAAUCAGCACUGUCGCAAUAAACGAUCAAUGGUUACUCCUGAAGCCUGAACUCCUGUGAUUAUUAAUAUAUACAAAUACCUGUAAGCUAAUAAUUCUAUUAACUUACUACUCCCCCCCCCCUUUUUUUCUGAGCCCAUAUUAAUAGUCAUGUGAGUAUACCUUGGAUCUGAGGCUAUUGAUUUUCAUGUUUAAUUGUAGUGGAUGACAGAAAUAUAGAUCUGUCCGGUUUUGUUCAGCACUUAUCUAAGGAUGGGGACUUCCACUAACUUUGUAUUGGAUUUUUGUCUUAAAAAUAAUUGGUUAUUUUCAAAAUAAUUAUUUUUUUCUCUCAUUACAUUCAAUUUGUUUCUCAUUCUUUUUUUUUUGUUUAUCAAGCAAACCAAAUGUGGUGUCUCGCAAGAAACCUUCCUUUGCUGAUUGGUGGACUCAUUCCUGAUGAUGAUGACCACUGGAGUCUUUUCUGUAAUUUCCUAGAGAUUGUCCGAAUUAUCUUCGCCCCCACAGUUAGUCGGAACCAGAUCGCUUACUUACAAGUUCUUAUACAAAAUCACCAUGAAACUUUUAAAGAAUUGUAUCCAGAUUGCCCCAUAACGCCCAAGAUGCACUACAUGAUACACAUGCCAAGAACAAUGUUAAGGUAAAUUUAAUAAUUUGUAUGAUUUGGAAAGAAUUGUACUAACCUUCUUCUUUCAAACUUUCCCUUUUGCAUUUAAGUGCUCUUUGAGUGAGUAAAUAAAUAACUUUAAUAUGAGAGUUUAAUGGACUGCAAGAAUGUCCUUUCUUCCUCAAAAUUCCUUUUUCAAGAUGCAAAUUAGCAGUUGUGUGGCAUCAGAGCCUCAAAUGCAAGAGAAGACAAUUUUCCUAAAAUUUUGACAGAUCUUUUUAUCUUCUUUCAGCAUGGGACCUCUUGUAAUGGCUGGUGUAUGCGGUUUGAAGCCAAGCAUCAUGAAUUUAAGCGUCUCGCUGCACAUCUGGGAAAUUACACAAACUUACCCUACUCUUUAGCAAAACGUCAUCAAGAAGGCUUUUUGCUACAGACUGCAAACCACAGAGGGUAGCCUCUCUUCAUUUAUCGUCAAAGGCAUUGAAACUGGACCAGGUAACAAGAAUGUAUAUCUUGUUUAGUGACUUAAAAUUUUGUAUUGAAUCCCCUCACUUUCUGUUCAAGAAGGGCCCCAACGUAGAAUUUAACCACUUUUAGUUGGAAGCAAACAGGGUCAAACCAUUGCAUGAUUUUGUUAAGAGAUGACAACAAUAUUUUAGCAAACUUAUUUAACCAUAUGCCUCGGAUAUAGGUGCUGAACUUCACAAGAGCCAACUGAAUAAAGCUCAAGAAUCUGUUCUAAUGAGACAGUGCAAUAUUUUAUGUAAAAUGUUACAUGGAUUUAGCUUGAUCUUAUAUCAAUUGUUUGUUAUGUAAUUUAACAUUUUAGGCCAUCACUGCCAUGCAGGAGAUGUAGACUACCAAGGCAUCCUUAUGAGAGAUGAUCCAGCAGUUACAAAUGACACACCAUUAACAGAGUAAGUGACAAAUACACACUGUUACAAUAUAGUACCUAUUUACUAAGGAAAGAGCAUUAGCCGUGUCAUCAUUCCAACAAAGCUUUUUUAUAAUCAAUUCCCCAAAUUGUUUGUUUUAUGUGACUGUUGUUUUUGUUUUUUUUUUUUCAGGUUUAAAAGGGUUUCUGUUCUUGGGACAAACUAUAAGGUUGGCUGCACAUUACAAAUUGUCACGGAUCAAUAUGACAAUCCAGUUUUUGGACAAGUGAUGAAAAUUUUCUUGUUAAAUAAGAACAUUAAUGACAUAUUUUUUGUUGUUUCUAAGCUGAACACAAUUGGUUUCAGCAUGCACUACCAAAGUUUUGAGGUGCAAGUUACACAUCCUAGACAGAAGCUUAUUAUUCAUCACAAAAACCUCUCUUCUUUCCUACCUCUAAAUCAGGUGAAACCUUUCGGUGUAUUGACAAGGAAUAAAUAUGUUGUACAACGCUUUGACAUAGGAACAAACAACUAAAUAAAAGUUCACUGUUGUCACAUGUAUAUGAUGUUUUUAUGUCUGUAAUAUACAGUCCAUUGGGCAUUGUCGUAAGUUUACCUCUUAAAAAUAAGGAUCAAGAUAACAAAAACCUGCAUGUAAAAAUUCACAUAAACGAAAAGAAUCAACUCAUUAUGAAGGCGGAAAAACCUAAAAAUAACUCCUCUAUAUACAUUCCAAAAUAAUUUUAAUUCUAUCUGCCGAAAUCAAGUAACCCUUCCUAAAAAAGAACAAACUCUUUAAUGGGAGUUAAAUAAACUCCAUUGGAGUAACUCCUAGAUAUGAGUAAAUUCAACUACACUUUUGAGAGUUAAAGUGACUCCACAGACAGAGUAAAAACAACUCUUGUCAAAGGGUGAAAAAUUUUACUCCCUAAAAAUAACUCUCCCAAGCGAGUUAUUUUAACCCACUUUGGCAAGAUAACUUUGAGUGACUGAAUUUUACUCCUUAAACACAGAUGAAUGAUAAGAAUAUCCUAAUGAUCAUGGCAAUAUUUAGAGUUAAUGACAGAAAACUGUUAUGGCCAAAUCUAUAGAGGACGACUUUCAGGGUAUUAAUAAUUUCUUGAAUUCCAAAAACGAGUUAAUUUAACUCCGAUUUAAUAUAACUCUUCCUUGAGAGUUAAUUUAACUCCUUUGGAUUAACUCCUCUAUAGGAGUAAAAAAUAUAUACACCUUGUAGAGUUAAAGUGACUCCAUCAGAUGGAGUAAAAACAACUCUUACAAUGGAGUUUAAUUAACCCCUUAAAAAUAACCCCCAAAAGAGAGUUACUUUAACUCCUUUAAGUGAGUGAGUUUUAUGCAUUUGAAAUUUUACUCCUAAAUGGAGUAAUGUUUUACUCUUUUUUGGAGUUGAUUUAACUCUUACAAAAUUAACUCCGAAAUAGAGUAAAAUUUACUCCCUUCAGAUCCGAUUUAACUCCUUUUUGGAGUUACAAUAACUCCCAAAAAAAUAACUCCACUUUGAGGAGUUAAAUUAACCCCACUAUAGGAGUUAAAAUAACUCCUUAAAAAUUACUGUGUAUAUGAUUCGAUUUUGCCGCCUUAUAAACUGAGAGUAAAUAGAAGCAAAACUGGAUCUGAUUUGGGCUGCUGAUGUAUUACUAUACAUACCACCAUACUGUGUAAGGUGCUCGACUGUCCCUAGGGGUUCUUCGAUCCCGUCAUCCCGAUGGUUGUUCCUGCAUUCCGUAUCCCCUUUCAAAUACCGAAUCUCGCCCCCAUUUUGCUUUAAAACCCCGAAUCCCAGGACCCUUUUGCUUAACAUUAAGGGGAACUAAGAUUAGCUUAAUAUCUGACUAAUCCAAUUUGAUUGGACUGAUCAUGAACUGAGGUUACAUAAAAAGUUCGUAAUAUAGGUUAGGGUAAAGAUCUAUACAGUUAAGGGCUAUUUAAAUUGAAGUCGCGCGUCUUAGUUGUCGACGCUUUCUUGCCCUGUAACGCAGCUGCCACUCACAUGAGAUUUGCCCGGUGAAAAGGCAGAUGUGAUAAUCGGAAAGUUAUAUCCCUCCUUCUUUACCGGUUGAGUGCCUGCUGUGGUUACUAAAGUGAGAAAUAAAUGGCAUUUGCUUCUAUUCAGGUGCCAUGUUUCCCUGGGAAAGUUCCUAUACAGGCUUAGAGACCUCCCCAGGGGAAAGGUAUGGAAAAGCCCAGAUCCACAUCACUGGUGAUAUUGCAUUUGCUGCCAAGCAGUUCUGGAGAUCUAGCAAGGAUUUUAAUUGGCUGCGGGAUAUUGGAUACCCUCUGGUCUUUCAAACCGCGGAGUACUGGGCCAGCAGAGUGGAGUACGACGUUGCGAACGAUAGAUACGUCAUUAAUGACGUAAUGCCUCCAGAUGAAUAUCAUUACCCGGUGAAUAAUUCUGUGUACACCAACGUGGUGGCGAAAAUGAAUCUCCUCUUUGCCAAAGAAGUAGCUGGAAUCUUAGGAAAGGAAGUUCCAAGAGAGUGGCUGAAAAUUGCGGAAAAGUUAACAAUUCCUUUUGAUGGUAAAAACAAUUACCACCCGGAAUAUGAAGGGUACACUUUAGACAAGGAAGUCAAACAGGCAGACGCUAUUCUCAUUGGUUAUCCUCUGAUGUAUGAAAUGGACAGGAAGGUGAGAGCUGUUCAUCGCUUAAAAGGCUAUCCUUUCCGCUCGUGACAAAGCCAGGCUGUUGCCAGGGCUCCUGGCCAGAGUUUUAUGUCUUUUUUCUUUCUGUUUUCAGUUGCACUGUGUUGUAUAGUGGUGUAUUUUUCUUUGUUUUCCUGGAAAUAUAAGCUUUCUAUGUGUGUGAUUUUCCUCUUUCCUGUACUUGUGUUCUGUCAUGAUCGUUUCCUCUUGUUCUCGUUUUGAGCAUACAUGUCCCACAUGGCCGCUUCGGUCAUCUGAACACUCGCGUCUUUCAAAUUGUUAGGGCGACCUUAGAAGGAGUUUUUGACUACUUUUAAAAUUGACGCUCCUAAAUAAAAUUGCCAAAUGAUUUUCUGUCCUGGCGAAAAGGUUUAGAUAAAAAAUAAGAAGAAAUCGUCUUUCUAUUGGGGCACAUACCGGUGCGAACGCUUUUAGUUGCUUUUAUUUCUGUACAUCCCGUUAAAACAAGUAGGGAAAAAGUCAACCACUGAAGUUUUAACCCAGUAACUAUAAAAGACACGUUCUUCAUUCACAUAUAAGCUACUUUUCUACUGUUUUGGCAGGUUCGUUAUAGCGACUUGAAUCUUUAUGAAAAUCGCACGGACCCUGAUGGCCCUGCUAUGACACAUUCCAUAUUUGCUAUCGGAUGGCUGGAUUUAGGAGAGAAACAAAGAGCCAAGAAACCUUUUCUAAAGAAUUACGCCAAUAUUCGCGGUCCAUUUAAGGUAAGAACCCGAUACUUACUUUAAUUUUUUCUAUAGUGUUUAUAUUGCCUGUUGGUUUUGGUUCUGGUAUUAAGUAUAGAUAUAAUUCUUCCAAUACGUUUUUUUUUUCAAAUGAACUUUUAUUCUCAUGCAAACAAACUUAUUUUCACAAGAAAGGUUUUGCACUUAGCUUCGUUUUGAAAGUGAGAGUUUUUGUUAUUGCGUGCUUGCGGGGUGAUGUUAACCUCAAAGCCCUCGGCACUCACAAACAUGUAAAACUUCUAAUUAUAAGGAGGAUUUUUGUUUGGGAAACUUUCUCUUCUUGAAUGAUGCCGAGUGUAAGUUAGAACCAAGUCUUUUUGUUCCCUCGGUCAACCCUUAGGGGUGUGGCUAGAACGGGGACUCUUGUCUUGGAGAGAACCUGUCGAACGGUGCCCAUAACAAAAGAAGUGAAAAAAAAACGUCUUUUGGAGCGUUAAUCAGUUAUUCUUGCUUUAUUGAGAUACUAAAACCGAAAAUUGUUACAAGCAACAGAGACAGUUAAAGUAAGCUGUAUGGUCCGAGAUUUGCGUGUCCGGUGUAUUCGAGAGAGAAACGUGAAAUCAGAUUUCAAGUUCACUUCAAUGCUGACUGGAAUAAGUUCAACUGUGUCGACUACUUUGUUUUAAACAGGUGUGGACAGAGCGCCGUGCAUGUGAUAUAUGGGGCACCGUCAUGUCUAUUAACUAUUUCGAGUACUUUAUCAUUGACUGUUGUUUUUAACAGGUGUGGACAGAGCGCCGUGAUGUAUGGGGCGCCGUCAACUUUAUCACAGGAGCUGGUGGUUUUCUGCAGGCUGUAAUUUAUGGCUACGGAGGUUUUAGACUGAAAGAUUCUGAACUUUCCUUCAAUCCUACUCUUCCACCGAACGUCAAUAAAAUGACGAUCAGGGUAAAUUACCUGGGGAGUUUGAUUGACUUUGCGAUCAAAGACGAAAAGAUCACGAUCAUGGUGGUUUCUAGUGGUCCCAUAGCUCCAAGUCUAGAGGUUUCUACUUCUGAGGGGAUAUUCAGCCUCGAGCGUGGUAAAGCUGUCUCUAUUUCCAGAGACCGAGGCGUACUGCGUAUCGCGGAUUCCAAAUCCCAUAUCCGCAGCUGUGCGCCAUGUGACCACUCUCGGCUUCACAUUUGCCUGUUGUUGUUGCUUAGUUUCUGUUUAUAUCUCUUAUCAGUACGCGGCUAUCAGUGACCAGGAAAACAAAUCGGUGUUACUGUGAAUGUACCCGUCUCUAUAUACGAGGUCCGUGACAGUGACUUUUAACUUUUGAUUAUCAGUACCGCAUGUAAACUCUACCUAUACCUUUUUAUGAGGCUGUUUUCACUGUUAUUUCAUCAUCAUCAUUAUUAUCAUUUUCUUGAGACAUUAAAACCAGUUUUGUGCGAAUGAGAUAUAGCCUGAAUUUCAGACGAUUACUUCGAGUCAUUUUUACUCCCUCAGCGAGUAACAAACGACUCCAAGCAAUCGUCUGAACCUCAGGCUAAAUGAGAUAGUUAGCCAAGGCCACACCCAUAACCUUUGGGGCAAAGUUUUGUUCACGGUGCGGCCGCUGCUAUGGGUUUCCUUAUAUAUAUAUAUCUAAAAAAUGCCUGCGAAAUGUAGAACAAAAUGUCUUCUAUCAAGAGGAUCGGCGUCACUAAUUUCUUGUUCUGCGACAUAUCAGAUGCCGAUUGUCACUCGUCUUUGACCACCCUUGUCUCGACUUUUUCACAGCCAUAAAAUGCAUCUUACACCCUUUUAGGCAUUCAGUUACAGACCGAAAUUACAGGUUUCCCUACCCUUUCAUAUACUUCCACUAGUGAAAUCCCCACCAUUUCAUAUACCUGACUCCUAUAAAAGGUACUCGAUCCUUUCGAGCGGAGCCUGCCCGUAUAGGCCAUCAUAGGGAGUACCCCCGGGCAAUUGACAUGUUCAGCUUGCAUUACGGCUAGAUGGACGAGAUCAAUCUUAGGGCUCUAGUUGCUAACUGAGCUGCCGAACGUCAGAGUUGACCUCAGGACGAGUAUAUCGUACUUUCUAUGUUGUGCGGAGUGAAAUUGCGGCAAGUUGAUGCGGUGAUAAUCUACGUUCAGUCGUUCUGUUUACAAAGCGUUUUUUUCCGGCUCUCUUCUUACAAUAUCGUUCUUACUGUGUAAACGGCGAGACGGUACAGUAGAGGGGUUUACGUUGAAAAUAGCCUGGAACCAGGCUCCCUGGUGACGAAGAAAGGAAAGAUCGGCGAGCAUCUAUCAUGCUAUCUAUUGUUCGCAUCAUUAGUUUAUCAUUAACCCUCUCAUGUAACUUUAAAUUCAAAUUUUAGGAGCCAUUAUAGUAUUCUUUUUAACAUGUAGCUCUGGCCUUGAGGAAGGCUAAUUUUGUUAGGCGAAAUAUUGACCUCAAAAAAAUCAGCCCUUUGCCAUAUUGCCAGCCUUGCAUUCAGUAUUGUUUUAGGGACUGCCGAGGUAUAGCGACGUUCCCAUCGCCCCGCCAGUUUCCCCCUGGACUUCCCCUCGUCGACUUUUUCCUCCCGCGCUGUUUCCUUGCGAUUUUUAGCCUCCUUUCCCCAUGGCCAAAUGGAGAGCCUGUUCACUGGCUACGCUAAAAGCAACCCAUGCUGUUCUAAGGAGUUUCAUUGUCUUAGAUCUACGCAGAAAACAUGUUGAAAACCUCUUCGUGCCCUAAGCCGGGAAGUUUGUCCAAGGUAAUAAUUAACUGUUGAUGCUACGGGAUCGUUCUCUGUCCGUUCAUAAAUUUGGUUUUGCUUGUUCGUGUUUUUACAGCCUUUUUCUUCUUUAACUUCGUUCUGGGGCCGGAGUGUUGUGGUCAAAAUUCCUAAAAUAGAUCUGUUAAUCAUUAGCUCUUACAGAUCAGAUAAAAAAUAUAAUAGCCUUUGCCACUGACGGAACUGAGCCUUUCAUGUUCAACGGGAAGGAGGGGCGACAUAACCCUUUUGAGCUAACCCGUUACGAAUUUAACUUUGUUUUGGCGGUGAAUCCAUUCACCAUGAAGGUCCGUCGCGGCAGUGAAAUCUUUUUUGUUAUUUUCUUCAGCUUUACAUCUUUGGUGAAAUCGUCCUCUGCAGCUGGAACUCCCACUCGCUUCGUCACUGACAAACUACCGCGAGAUUACAGCAGAAGCUCGGUGCGACACAGCCGAAAUGGUCAGUUCAUGGCUUCAGUGGGUAAUGGUUAUUUGGGUACAGUGAUAUACAGUGAUACUGUGCAUAUAUCUGGGGUGUUUAAUGGCCCGUCGUAUCCGAAGAAAUACCCCAUUUAUCCGGUAUAUUUUUACCAACACACACACCGGGCUCGCGUGCCUUCCACGGUAUCUGUUAACUUCAAAGUCAGGGGAAUCCCAGGGAACUCCUCGUACGCGCUGGACGUGAGCGAGGGAGUGUUCUACAAAUGGUUCAAGGCCGUGAAUUUAACAGUGGAAGAGCGAAUAUAUGCGCACAGGACCAGAAAAAACCUUCUGGUUGUAGAGAUCACGGCGAAGAAUAAUGCUGGCAGGAAAUUUGCAAUGGAUAUUAUUCCAAAUCUUGGACAUGUAACCGAUGAUAUUCAUUUCUACAUGAAAGACUCUUUCAGAGGCGACGCUCUCGCCGCCACUGGUUUGGUAAGUUAUAUUAUAUUUAAGUUUUGUAUAUCGAAAGGUCUAAAAUGUUUUAACAUCAUCAUACGUGCCCGAUAUUCGUCUCGUGCACAAUGGACAAUAAAAAGCCUUGUACUUUUGUUUAUUAUUUCCGGUGACUUUUUGUGACAUUGCAGUUCUCGGGUCGCGGGUCUUGUCAGAUCCCGCUAUAUAACCCGGGGAAUUUUUAUUACCACAUUUGCUGUGCGCGGAAAAUUGUUAGGAAUCUUGAUCCCGUUUAACUUUUUAUUACUUUUAGGGACGGGGAGAGUAGGGCGUAAAGGGAUGUUUAUAAAAGUCGGGUAAAAACAAACACAGACCUUAGUUAAAGAUCACUUCAUCCGUUGAUUUGACUUACCUCCUCAUUCAUUCAUUCAUUCAUCCAUGCAAGUAAAGGGUACUGAAUGAAAAUGUGGAUUAAUUUUUGAAAUUAAAGAAGAGAAAAGAAAAAAGUAAAGGUAUGUAGCUCAACAAAACCGGGAGUAUAUUUCGCGAGUAGAGCUACACACAAAUAGUUAACAUAAUAACUUCGUUGGCUUGGAGAGAUAACGAUUAAAACUGUUUUUUAAAACAAAAUUUCAUAGUCUUUUGCGGGAGCACAGCAAAACACGUCCGUGCGCAUCAGCACCCACAGGAUACCAGUAACUAUUUGAUCCUGAUUUAGACUUUUCGGCAUCAAUCCGAUUUUCUACGCGCCGCACAGACGCAAUGGCCCAGAAACAACUGACCCUCUGAAGGAAAGAAGAAAGUGGACGCAGAGAAAAAAAAAGAAAAAAGAAGAAAAAAAAUACUUCAGUUCUAUUCUUUAUCGCUACGCUGAACCGAAUAGAAUUUUUUUUUUGUUAUAAGUAUCAACAACAUAAAGCACAGUAAUACAACAAGGGAGCGGCCAGUACAUAAGCACGAAGAAGAUAAACUGAAACACAAAAUUGCAAUGUGACCGCAGUCAAUGAAGACGAUGCAAUUGUUACAAAUAGAUAACAUUGGUUUUAAAAAUAAUGGACCUUACAAACAAGAGACUGACAAAAGUAGCAACGAGUAAAGAUGGUUGGCACGAAGUGGUGUGGUAUUUACAAUGAGUGGCCAAUAAUUCCAAUAGCAAUAUAUACCAAAAAAAUGUAAUCAACAACUAAACGAAAUACAUAACACCGCAAAUAACAUUCAAAGAACAUAGGAACCUGAUUCCCAGGCCAUUACUUGUUUCCCGGGGAACGAGUUGGAGAGAACCCCGGGAAACGAGACUGAGAACUUGGCUUCGUCGUUAUCGGAACCAUAAGCCGUCCGUCCUGGGGAAAUACCAUUUUUAGCGUGAUAGGGCUUAAAGAAGAUUUUGUACGCAAGCAUUAACAAAAGAAACUGACUUGUGGUAUAAUGUUCGUGUUUUUCCCAGUGUUGUAAUUGUAGGGAUUCACACAUAAGUCUGAAGUUGCUGGUUCACAAUUCAGUGAUGCCUGAAAGUAACAUUUGGAAUCUAUCAUGAGAUAAGAUGCUAGUUUUACUGACCUCAGCUCAAGUCCUCGCAAUAUUUAUGUGAUUUUUUUGAAACUGAAUUGCUUUCUUGAACAUUAUGGUUUAAUAUUGGGUUUAAUAUUUCAUAGAUAAACCAAACGGAGGAGACAGGAAGCAUUCGUCCAAAUGUGGCCAUUGUUUGGACCUACCCAGAUCCCGAUAACCCUCUGAUAAUCAAGAAUAGCUCCGAGGAACAGACUUGGUAUUACAUCACUUCCAUAGCAACCAACCUGGAUACCAAGUUCAACCCGCUUACUGAAGCUCUUUUCCAGUUUGAUGAGGCCACUCGGUACGUUCUAUAUAGUUUUUUCCUAGUCCCGAUAAACUAGAGCUGCGAGGGAGAAAGGUGAUGAAGCCCAAGGAGCAAAUGAAGUUCGACGAAGAAAUCUUUUCAUUUUGUGACCAAAAAAAAAUCUUGAAUGCCAUUUUAAUCUAAUCCCAAAUCCCGGAUUUUUAUUCCUUAAAGUUUAAAGCAGAAGCAGGGUAACAGAAUAUCCCAGCGUCCAAAGAGGGAGAUAACGGUGGGUGGGUAAAACCCUGAGAAAGAUUUUGCAUUGAAAAUGACACAGGUCGUGCUUUGGUUAUUUCAUAUCUCUUCUUACUAAAAAUACAUUCAGUGUCUCCUCUCUUUCAAUCCAAUCUAACUGAAUUUAGUGAGUAAAAAAACAGAAAUUAGAAAUUUCAUUUUAUAGCUAUAACAGGUGUUUUAUCCAUCUCUUUGAAUAGUUAUGAGCAUAAAUUGUGCUAAAUCCACUGUGCUAAAUUAUCGGAACAAAAUAUUUAGUAGUCUUUUUAGUGUGUCGCAGUGAACAUUGAAUAAAAAGCACGACAAACAAACCAACGAGUGCGCGCGACAAUUCCGCAUUCCUUUCGAUAUUCAAAAUGGUAUUUGCAGCAAAACAAAGAAGACUCUAACUUGAGAUCAUAUGUUACAUCUUGAAAAUUGGCAAAAUUGGUCAAGUAAAUUCUUUUUUUUUUUCAGGGCAAAGGAAAAAUUACUGGCAGAACAUAAGGCAGCUUGGAAAGCAUUAUGGGAUACUGGCCGCAUAGAAAUUGAAGGUGACUUGGAGAUGGCACAGGCGGUGUAUGGUAGUAUGUACUACAUUCUAAGCUCCACUCGGAGUGAUUGGCCGUACGGGUUAAGUCCCGGAGGUCUACCGGGGGGAGAAGAAUACAUGGGACAUACAUUCUGGGACCAGGAUAUUUGGAUGUAUCCUCCUCUAGUCCUGUUACAUCCGGACUUGGCCAGAAGUGCCUUGAAAUAUCGCAAGGACCGGCUACCAGCAGCGCGCAGAAUUGCUAAGAAGUACGGCUUUAAAGGUAAAAGAAGACGCUAUUCUUUUGAAUGAUCAUGCGGUUAGCAUCUCAGGCGCAGUAAUAAAUCAGCACAAGAAUUUGGAAUUUGCAAGUGACUAAAAUUUAAAACCUCGUUUACCCCGUUACUCCUUGAACUGGAGUUUACAUGGCUAUCCUUGUCGUUGAAAGAAGACUGAAGUUUCACAAGCAUGAAUUUUUUUUUGAGGGAGACUCAUUAGUUACAACAGGCAUUCCUUGUUUUAAGAAAGAGAAAUUUCUACCUCCUGGUAAGCUUGCGCAUACGUCCUCCUUCAUCUGGAACCUCAACCAUUGAAUAAUAUUUCAUCGUUUCGAUGGCAUAUAUGAUUGGAAACGAGGCUGCUUGAGCAAUAGUGAACUAAAAAAAUGGCGUUCACGACUAUCCGACGAUGAAAUAGCUGAAUAUCUGACUAAAACUGAACGGAAGAAAUGCAAAUAUAAGCAAAACAUAUUGCUCGAUGGGUUUUAUCUUUAAAAAAAAAAACCCGUCUGUUUAUAUCUUGAAGCGCGGUGCCGAGGAACAGGCCAAAAUUUUGAAUUACCGCAAGUGUACUUAGAGGUAAACUUUUUGAGAGCUUAGAAAUAUGUUGAAUGAGUGAUAAAACAGUUAUUGAAUUCACCCUCGUAUUAUGUCAAGAAUUAUGCUGAUCUCGAAGGCUGGUAUCCUCGAUCUGCAUAAUUCCUCACUUCAUACGAAAGCCGAAUUCAAUAAUUGUUACAGUGCGUCUACACGAACCGAGGCAUCUGGAAGAAGAUUAUCCCAUCACAAGGGGUUUUUUUGAAAACAAAAGAUUCCCAAGUUUCUUUGCAAGCGGACCAAUAAAAUUCAAGGUUCAACUCUGCAAACCGGUGAAAAUAUUAAAACCGUUUGAACUUACUUGACCUCUCAGGGAGCAGCCCUCAAAUUUAUGCAUGUUAUUGCUCCGUUUGCGAAAAAAAAAAUUGGAGAGUCUUCUGUUUUCAAAAAAGGUUGCGAUUGGAUAACCUUCUUCAGAGUUCCCCGGUUUGAGUAGUCGCACUGUAUAUACUGCAACUACAAUGAUUUCCUGUCCACAGGUGCAAUGUUCCCUUGGGAGAGCUCUUUCACCGGCCUGGAAACAUCCCCGGGAGAAAAGUACGGCAAAAACCAGAAUCACAUCACAGGAGACGUCGCAUUUGCAGCGAAGUUGUUUUGGGAAGCAACUAAGGACCUUCACUGGCUGAGGGUAGUUGGAUAUCCACUGGCAUACCAAACCGCGGAGUACUGGGCCAGCAGAGUGGAUUAUGAUGCAAGACAAGAUAAAUACGUCAUCAAUCACGUGAUGCCUCCUGAUGAAUAUCACUACCCAGUCAAUAAUUCUUUGUACACAAAUGUGGUGGCUAAAAUAAAUCUCUUAUUUGCUCAAGAAGCUGCAGAUAUUUUGGGAGAGGAAGUUCCAGAACUAUGGUCAACAAUAGCAGAGAAGAUGUACAUCCCAUUUGAUAGCAAGCGUAAUUUCCAUCCGGAAUAUGAAGGCUACAUUCCAACAGUCAUGGUUAAACAGGCAGAUGUCGUGCUGGCCGGGUAUCCACUGAUGUAUGAAAUGCAAAAACAGGUGAAUUUUAUGAAAAUAUGACGUACCACAACCGAGACAAAAGUGCCAGACGUCGCUUUUAAUAUUGAAAGAGACUCGCGGUGAGGUAAAAUGGUCCCGGUAGCUUGUCAGUGUUCCUCUUGUCUAACUUGUUUUUUAUAGCCUGCGAGCAAGCUCUCCGGGGCGCGCUGGAGGCGGGGCGCCCUAGCGCCCCGGAGAGCUUGCUCGCAGGUUAGUUUUGAAAUAUCUUGAUACGUCUUCACUAAUCCAGGCAUUUUUGAAACCACAUUUUUUUGCCUGGACUCGUGUGUAAGGGACGUUAAACACUCUGGAGAGCAGUUUCAAAAAGAUGCGGUUUCGGUGAGCGGAUUAAAAAUAUGCGGUUUCUAAAAAAGAUCCGGAUUAGUCUGGACGUGGCCUUAGUUUCCAAUGGUAAUCUGGGUAACUUUACACUUCUUUGUAUUACCAGUCAAACCUUGAUUUAGGGGUAACUCUUCGGGAAUGGCCAACCAACCCGCUUAAUACAGAUUGACUGUUUUACACCGACUGAACUUUUUAUAAUUCCAAGAGUUGAUGAAGAAAAUGUGGAUAGUGACUAAGCAAAGUAUCCAUCACACGAUAAAUUGCCAUCAGUGAAAGUGUUUCUACAUCAUCUUGUGCCAAAAAGAAAGUAAAGACCAAGAAUUGUCCUGCACGUUGUGUUUCAUCUUUAAUCUGUUUUUACUUUGAUUAUCUCAAGUCCACACUUCUUUGUAUUAUUUUCUGUUUUGUUCUUACUCAGGUUCGCCAUAAUGACUUGGAUUAUUACGAACGCCUGACAAAUCCUAAUGGUCCUGCCAUGACUCACGCUAUGUUUGCUAUUGGCUGGUUAGAAGUUGGUGAAAUAAAGAAAGCAGAUCGCGCCUUUUUAAAGAAUUACGAUAACAUACAAGGUCCUUUUAAGGUAGAAAUUUUGUCCUGUUGGUUUCCUUUCCGGUAGAUAAAACUAUAGUCAGCCACAUAUUUGCAUUUUGCUUCAAACGAAUUAAUUAACCUGUGUACCGACAUCGUCUCCCGAUUUUUUCCUGUCGGAGGGGAGACGUGUACACAGGCUAAUAACUCAGUGCGGAGGGGUAAAUGCGGCUUGAGAAUCCAAUGAAUAUUUCACAGCCAGAGAAUUCGUAAAAACAGAAAAUUCGUAAAACAAAGAAUCGUUUCAAUAAUUGUAAAGAUGACUCAAUUUUUUACAGACGAAAACGAUUAUUGUUUUGAAUUUUUUUUAAAAAAACUUUUCGGCCUUCUAAAAUAGUGUUUUAAUCUCACGCGAAUAUGAUUAUGAGUUUCAAUAACUGUUAAGCAGAUACAGAUUUACCGUGCCUAAACAUGUAAUCGAGCAGUGUCUAUCUUAGAACACCAUUUACCUGAAACUAAAAAUUUAGCAAAGACGAUGAGACCUGUUCUCCAUAAAGAACUAGAAUACAAAGUGGAAAAGCCCAAGUACAAGAAGUUGGAGGUCAUGCAGCCGAGGAUCAAAACUACUGGCGGAACUUCCAGUUGGUGAAUGAACCAUCCAGGAUCAGUCCACACGAAGUUUUACAGUCCAUGAUUGAUUAAUACACUCUCUCAUUUAUUAGUGAAGAAUGAUAGGGGGGGAGGAGAAGGGAGGGGGGCUUAUAAACUUUCUUCCCCUGAAAAAAAGGGGGGCUUAUUAGAGAGGGGGACUUUAUAGAGGAUUUAAGGUAUGUGGUGUUUGUGAAAAGGAUCCUUUAUUUCAGUAUGGGAAUUCCAUUGAGUAGUGUUGUCAUAGGCGCUUUCUCACAUGUUAUCGAGCGCGUGCGCAUUAUCGCCCUUAAAGUUUUUGCUGACACCUCUAGCCUGAGUAUCAGGCGUUUCUGGGGGAAAAGGAAGAGAGAGAAGGGAAAAGGGUAGACAGGGACAGCUUCCCCCUGCGCCCUAAAAUCUAUUCACCCUUUAACCCUGAGGAAGGCCUAAUAGUUAGGCUCUGACCCCUCUUGACUAACGUAAGCAACGUUACGGUUUACUCGACAGGUUUGGUCAGAAAGACGAUGGGGGAAGGGUGCCGUGAAUUUCAUCACAGGAGCUGGUGGUUUUCUUCAGGCUGUUGUUUAUGGAUAUGGUGGCAUUCGCAUAAAGAAGGACGGGUUAUACUUCAAUUCUACCCUCCCUCCCGGGGUAACUAAGCUCGCGAUGGGUAUACACUAUCUGGAAAGCGCCAUUGACUUCCAAGUGACACUCGGCGGGGUGAGCUUCACCGUAGUCUCCAAUGGACCAAUAUCCCCAGACCUGGAGGUGCUGGCGGACGAACGGGUAUACCCGCUGAAGCGAGGCAAACUCGUCCGCAUUAUUGGAACAAAGUCUGGGAUUGUGCGUAAACGCGUGAGUAGGAAUAAUACGUGA